GAACAGUGCGAGAGCAUAGUGACGAAAGUCUUUUCGUCAGCCAAUCUUCUCGCCAUCCACUGCAAGCGAGUUACAGUGAUGGCGAAAGAUCUCGAAUGUCUUCGUAGGCUGCUGAAGGAGUGGAAUGUCUGGCCAGACAAUUACGUAGUUGCUCCCUAUAGCUCUGGCCCAGUCAACCCGAGUACGAUGUAUGAGCCUCGAUCAAAGACGAAGAAGACGAAAUCGAAGCCAACUCCAAAGAAGCCGACUGCGAAGAAGAGAAAGAAGACUCCCGCGUCCUUAAGCGAAGACGAGAGCUCAGAUGAUCCCGAUAACCCUAGCGCUCAAACGGGUACUCAAACCGGUACUAGUGGCCAGACAGACGCCAACAAUCAAGAUCCUCCUAGCACCGAUUAG